AUGACACGAAGAAAAGGUUUUGAAGACUCGGCAAACCUUCGAAUUAUCCCGCCGACUGAAAUUAACAAUAUUAAAGGUUAUUAUUAUUACUUUUUAAUGAAAAAAAUUAACAAAAAAAGUUUAGUUGAAUCCACAAAAGACGGUUACUCUUUGAGGACAGUCAUUGUAGUCUGUAUACUCGUUUCAUUAUUAUGCCAGGUGAUUCCCUAUUUCCAAAUGUUCACCUUAAAAUAUUUUUAUAGAUUUCAAUUCCAUAUUUGGGAAAGAUUCUUCUAAAAACAGGUUGUCGCGUUGGUCUAGUCAAAUUUUUGGGUAAGGAUGAGGAAAAUAAUACGAAUAAAUGGCGGUUUCCAGGACCUCUAUGUCCUACGCAAACGGGAAAACCUUCAAAUCAACUGAUAACAACGGAAAGUGAGAAAUAUCGAGUCAGGCGAAUUUACUUCGAAGAGCCUUUACCAAUCGAAAAGUGGAAGGUUUCAAUGAAAAAAAAAACGGUUGAAUUUAUUUUUUUUUUCAAGGGUGGCCAAGAACCAGAAGGAAACUUGUUGAUAGUGCAAGAAAAGGCAGAAGAAGAGGCGCCGACAGAUCCGUCCAGAGUUAGGGAAGCCCUGGCGGCAGCAAAAGCUGCAAGAAAGUCGCGGGAAGAUGGGAAUUUGGAUAAGGUUAUUUAAAAAUAAGUUUAUCCCUAAAAAAUGACAAAAAUUACAGGCGAUGACAAUAAUUGAGCACGCACUGAUGCUGGCGCCAAAACAUCCAGAUAUUCUGAUCGAAAUGGGCCGCGUCAAAGAACAACGGUCUGAUCUAUUGGAAGCGGAUUUGUGCUACGCAAAAGCUCUCGUUUAUGAUCCGCAACAUCGAGAAGCUUUGAAGUUCGUAAUUUUGAGCUUUUAUAAAUUUUUAAAAAAGAUGUCUAUCGCGUGUUUUUUUGUUCUAAUCAAAAUUCCUAACUUGAGAGCUUAUUUUUAUUUUUCUUUUUUUCAGAAACUCCCUUGAAAGUGUGAAGAACAUAAACCAAGCAUGAAAUAUUUGAGAAAAGUGAUGAGAAGUAAAAAAAAUUGAGCGAAAUUCCGAACCGCAUUCAAAAAAAUUAUUUGAAUUUGAACUUUGCGCGCCUUCUCAGUGGAGCAAACUUAGACGAAAUUUUUUUUUGCUCGCAUAUCCUACUGAAUUUUUUGAUUACCUUGGAGAUAAUGUGAAAAAAAUAAAGCAAGGAAGAAAAUUGAAGGUUGCGAGCGCGAACGGGUCCCCUAGUUUCACAAAUCGACAAAAAGCUUCUGAGAUCGGUUCACGAUCUUCGGGACAAGUUCGUUCAUCUGAAACAUUCGACAGCCCUUCGACGAGCCAUGAGGUCCUUUAUAAAGUGAAAACUUUUAAUGGAAAUUGAUUUUCAGAGAAACCUACUUUCUGUACGUCUACCACACGGUAGCGAUUGAAGGAAACACCUUAUCACUGGGGCAAACAAGGUGAGAUUUUUCAGCCGAUUAUUAUCAAUUGUAAAAUUGUCUAAGGUCAUGACCUUCUAGGCUAUUCCAAUCGUUUCAAUUUGAAAUUGAAUUAAUUUCCAUAGUUCCGUAGUGAAAAAAGCGCAAAGAAAGCUUUUAAAAAUGAAAAUUCAGAGCGAUUCUCGAGUCCGGAAUGGCUAUACCUGGCAAAAGCAUCCGGGAACACAAUGAGGUGGUUUAUUAUAUUUUUUUAAACCUUCUGCGCCUUUAAUAACCCUUCAAAGCUGUUAUGAAACAACCAGUAGAAAUAAAAAGGAAUAUUUGAAGGUGCUCGGAAUGGACGCCGCCUUGAGGUUCUUGAACCAUUCCCUACUUGCCAGCGACGCCGAUUCGAUCACUUUUGAUGAUAUUCUCGAGAUGCACCGUCGUGUUUUGGGUCAUGCCGAUCCAGUUGAAGCCGGUCGGCUUCGAACUACACAAGUAAAAAAGGAAUUCAUGAAAAAUUAAAACUCUUAAAACCGUUUUGAGGCGGGAAACUUGAUAAUUUAGCAAAAAAUGCCUUCGAAGAUGCUCAAUCUCAUUAUUUUUUCUACGGGCUUGACCCAUCGAAAAAAGGGUCCUGACACGAUAAGAAAAGAGACACUGCCUGGUCAGUGGAGAGCGCAGACAAGCCACGCCCCCUUAGCGUCUCAAGCUGGCCGUGAAUCGGCUAUAUACGUCUUUUUAUAUUGAAAAUCAAAACAAAGAAUUAAAAAGAACACUAUAGGGACCACUUGAAUUUAGACCCUCUGGGAAGCCCUAUUUCGUUCUUUAUAAGAGCUGUUUUUUCCUACCACUCUAGGGACUUCUCAAGGAGAGAUUUUAGUAUAGCUCUGUCGAAAAUAUAUUGAAAAUAUUGAGCUUUGGGUAUACCUUUUAAGCCAGAAAAAUCUAAAAGAUGAAACUUUUCUCUACAGAUCUCAAAUUAAACUAAUUUUAGCCCUCUAGGGGCCACUUAGAUUCAAGCCCUCUGGGAAGCCCUAAUUCGUUUCUUAUAGGAGCUGUUUUUUUUCCUAACAUCUCUAGGGACGCUUUAAGAAGUCUUUAACAUAUUCCUUUAUAUUUUCUCAAAAAAAAAGCCAGGAAAAUCUAAAAACUAAAAAUCUUCUCUACAUAUUUAAAAUGAAGCUUGUUUCUUUAUUUCUGAUCAUUUUGAGCUUCCUUAACAAUUAUCAAAAAAAUACCCAGGUGUACGUCGGAAGGUUCACUCCAGUGGCCCCUCAGUACGUUCGCGAGCAAAUGUUCGAGCUCGUCGAGUGGCUCAACGACCCUCAGACCCUCGAAAUGGAUCCCGUCGAACUUGCCGCCAUAGCUCAUUACAAAUUGGUUAGCUAAUCCUUAUUUGUCCUCAAAAAACGUCAAAAAUUGAAGGUUCUAGUCCACCCUUUCACCGACGGGAAUGGUAGAACGGCGCGGCUGCUUCUCAACUUGAUUUUGAUGCGUUCCGGCUUUCCACCUGUAAUUUCCUCCUAUUUUUCCGUCAAAAAAGUUAAUUUGAAAGGUAAUUUUACCUGUCGAGUCACGUGCCGAGUACUACGCCACACUGAACGUCGCGAAUCUCGGAGAUUUACGCCCGUUUGUUCGAUAUGUGGCUCAUCAUACGGAUUCUACGUUGAGGGUAAAUUGAGUUCAUGAGAGAGGUCACUUUAGUGAUCAAGAGGCUACUUUAGUGGUUUUGGGUUUUUUUCUUCAAAUAUUAUAUUCAAUAAGACUGAUAAAAUGUGAUGAAAAAAGACGGAGAGCAGCGGAAAUCUGAAGAGACGCCAGACAACGAGAGACUCUUAACUUCUCUGGCGUCUCUUCAAUCCUCUAUCGCUCUCUCGCCCAUGAAAAAAAAAAUUAAUUUUUUAGCGCUACAUCAGCACGGCUACAACGCAUUGCAUCGCCAAAAAUGCGGCAAGCGACGGCGAUAUCGCGCCGCCAGAAGAACGCGAAUGUUUCGCGGAGCCUUGA